AUGAUUUUAACACGAUUUUCUUUUUCAAUAGUUCAUUGUUUGAACAAUAUAAAUAAAAAUAUAUUAAUCCGUUGUUAUUUAUCAACCGAUCGUUCAGAAACGAUUUCAGCAGCAUUGAAAAAAUUCUAUUUAAAAGUUCAUCCGGAUUUAUUUACACAAUAUCCAAAAGAAAAAGAUGUAAAUGAAAAAAGUUUACAAUUAGUUAGUGCUUAUCUGUCUGGAUUACAGCGUAAAGAAUAUAUGGCAGCGAUAACUGUUACUUUCUUUACAAAAGUAUUAACAAAUAAAUCUGCUCUUGCACCAGUACCAUUAUCUCCUCAUCGAGUUACAUUAAAUUCAAGAGAUCUUCUAACUAGUGUAAAUACUAUAUUAAAUACAUUGGAUUUACCCGUUGUUGAUGUACCAAAAAUACAAAAACAAACAGGUCAAAAUGAAAUUCAUUUUAGAGUAAUUGAAAUUGAAAAAAUGUAUGAUUUUGCAAAAAUUCCUAAGCUAUCAAUUGAAACAUGGUUGACAAACAAUGUUGAAGCAGCACGUACUAUAACUAAACGGCAUCAAGAAUUAAUGAAUGAAAUUAGUGAUAAAGUUAACGAUAUUAAAGAACGAUUUAAACUUAAAUCAAUUGAAUAUAGAGAUGAUUGGUCUGUUUCACAAUUUUGUGCAUGUCUACGUACAUUAUUUUUGUAUAUUGAUAAAUGGCAUGACAAACUCUUAACUUUAAAAGAUAAACGACUUAUAUUUGGAGAUAAAUCAUGUUUACUUCGAGAUGGUUCACUUGAAUUAGGUGCAAAUGAUCCACCUGUUUACUGGGAUCAUGUUAUCUGUUAUGAAUUAUUAGAAUCUGAUCAAUAUAUGGAAAAAAUAACUUCAUAUGAAACUAAUCUACGUGAAUAUUUUCGUGGAAUUGAAAUUCGACAAGAUCCUGAUUCUGAAUAUUUAUGUCGUGCUCAUACAUAUUUAUAUCAUCUUUUACAAUUAUCUCAUCACCUCGAUUUAAAUCGUCAUCAUGAAGCACAUAGAAUAGAAUCUUGGAAAAAAUUUUAUUUAUUUAUUAAUCCAUUUAGUUCAGAACCAUCAUUAACAAAUAGUGGACUUUUUCAAAUAAAUGCAUAUGAUGCAACAAUGGAUAUAUUAGAUUUUAUGGUAAAUAAUCGAGAAAAUGCUGAAGAAACAAGAAAUUUAUAUGAAAAAGAUGUUAAAAAAGAAUUAAAUUUACUUAAAAAAGUUCAAAAACAAUUUCAAUUAACUGAUAUAUUAAUUAAUCAACGAAUAAAAAAAAGUGAAAUUAUCCAAUGUUGUCAACGAUUACUUAAUGAACAUGAACGUUUUUUAAAGAUUUUAAAACAAUGUCGACUUAAAAUUGAUAAAAAUUAUAAUUUAGCACAAAAUGGAACUAUAUCAAUACCAUGGAAUUGGUCAUUUGCACAAGAAGAAACACUCUAA